CUGAGUCCUGUCUGAAUAAUUCAAGCUGCCAGUCUUUUCUCCUCCACUGCUAACAAGAUGCCGGCCGUACAUCACAAACUGCUCCUGGAGGACGCUUUACAGGACAGUCCUCAGACUCGCUCUUUGCUCAGUGUGUUUGAGGAAGAUGCGGCAAAUCUCACAGACUACACCAACAAGCUGCUGCAAUCGAUGCAGCGGGUGUUUGGAGCUCAGAGUGAGAUGGGACUGGCCACAGAGCAGCUUUCAAAGCAACUUCUGGAUUAUGAGAAGAAAAAUUUUGCCCUUGGAAAAGGAGACGAGGAAGUAAUCACCAUGCUGCAGAGCUUCGCCAAAAGUGUGGGAGAGCUGAACUCGCUCCACACCGAGCUCGCCAACCAGAUGGCUGACGGCAUGGUCUUCCCCUUGAUCCAGUUCAGAGAGAAAGACCUCACAGAGAUUAGCACACUGAAGGAAAUUUACGGCAUUGCCACUGAUGAGCACGAGGCGGCGAUGGUCAAGUACAGCCGGCUGCCCAAGAAGAGGGAGAACGAGAAGCUGAAGGCAGACCUGGUGAAGGAGGUGGCCUACACCCGGAGGAAGCAGCACUCGGCCUCGCUGCAGUAUUACUGCGCCCUGAACGCCCUGCAGUACCGCAAGAGAGUCGCCAUGUUGGAACCAAUGCUGGGCUACACGCAGGCACAGAUCAGCUUUUUCAAGAAGGGAAUCGAGCUGGUGUCAAAAAAGAUGGACAGUUUUCUCUCCUCUGUGAGCAAAAUGACAAAAAGUAUUCAGACCCAGCUGGACUCGGAGGCGGAGGGCAUGCGUGUGUCGCAGAGGGAGCUCCUGUCGGUGGACGACUCCGUUUACAUGCCGGAUACCGACUCCGAGUCCGUCAACCGCACGCUCAUCCAGAAGGCGGGCUACCUCAACAUCAGGAACAAAACAGGCCUGGUGACCACGGCCUGGGAUCGACUGUACUUCUUCACCCAGGGGGGGAACCUCAUGUGCCAGCCGCGGGGGGCGGUGGCGGGCGGCAUGGUGCUGGACCUGGACAACAGCUCCGUCAUGGCCGUGGACUGCGAGGACAGACGCUACUGCUUUCAGAUCACGUCCCCUUCGGGGAAAACGUCAAUGAUCCUACAAGCCGAGAGCAAAAAGGAAUACGAAGAAUGGAUCUGCACCGUGAACAACAUCUCCAGGCAGAUCUACCUGACGGACAACCCAGAGGCUGUGGCCAUUCGACUGAAUCAAACCGCCAUCCAGGCCGUGACGCCCAUCACCAGCUUCGAGAAGAGACAGGAGGGCUCGCCUAACCCGGACAGAGCGAAGCCCGGCGGCGUUCACUCCACGGGAGGUUCCCAGAAAUCAGAGACGGCUCCGGAACCAGAGGACCUGAUCGCCCCCGGGACGCCCAUCCAGUUCGACAUCAUGCUGCCUGCCUCCGAGUUUCAGGACCAGAACAGAGCCGGAGGGAGACGCACAAAUCCGUUUGGAGAAACAGACGAUGACUGUUCAGCGGAGAGUGACGACUCCCUCCUGCAGCAGGUGUUCGCCGUGCGCUUCCUGGGCUCCAUGGCGGUUCGCUGCGGCGACAACCAGGAGGUGAUCUACGAGGCCAUGAGGCAGGUGCUGGCUGCACGGGCCAUACACAACAUCUUCAGGACCACAGAGUCCCACCUCAUGGUCACCAGCAGCAGCUUCAGGCUGAUUGACCCUCAGACUCAGGUGACAAGAAUCAGCUUCCAGCUGGAGGAGGUGUGUCAGUUCGCCGCCCACCAGGAGAACGGGAGGCUGAUUGGAUUCGUGGUGGAGGGCAGAGACUGGAGCGAGGGGGACGAGGAGGGGGAGCCGUCGUUCAGCGCCUUCGUCUUCGAGAGCAACACCGAGGGCGAGAAGAUAUGCUACACCAUGAAUUUGGCAAAAGAAAUCACAGAAGCAAAGAAGGACCCAGAAGCCCUGGCUCAGCUGAUGAAGAACAUGCCUCUGACCAACGAUGGGAAGUUCCUGCUCCUGGAGCCGGAGACGGGCGACACCAGCGACGGAGCCGGACAAGAGGACCUGGAGUCUGAGGCCUAGUUUCCACUCAGGAUCAAUUAAUAAUAAUAAUGAAAAAUGAAGCCCAGGGCCACCGUCUGACCCCUGCCUGGGGGGGAGGGGGGGGGUCUCUGGGUGACAGUUACCACUCCUAGCUCUAACUCUGGUACUGUAACCGCCAUACUAGAGAGUGUAGUUUCACCUCCGCUCAUCCUGUGUUACUAGAUCUCCUGACCAGGGCGUGACUGGACCGCGUUAAAUUUAAAAAGAAGAAGAUAUUGUCUGUGGUCACAGGUAUUUGCGGUUGGAGCUUUUGGGUUGUUGUCUGUACAUGAGAAGGGACCCUGCACCGGUACUGAUUGUGCUCAGUUGUCUUCUAAUAUUCCCAGACGUGUAACUGAGGGAGGUGACGAUUUGUUUAGUUUCACUCUGUCAUUUUUAGGUUUACAGUGUUUGAAGUGUUCCUGUUUGAAGAGCUUAAUCCUGUUUCGUUAACCCGAUCGUUCCUCGAUUAUUCCUGUACAAAGAAAUUAUUGCACUUCCAAGGCUUUUAUCUGUUAAAUAACAUUUGGUGGCAGUUCCACGAUGCACUAAUUCAAGACUCUUAAGACAAUGAAGGACAGAUUUCUUCUUUUCCUGUGUGAUUGAUGUGCUUUUGAGCGAGCGGCUGCGUCUGCCCCCGGUGGUUCUGUCCUCUCCUGCACUGCUGCCCCGUCCUUCCUGAAGCAUUCCCACUGCGCUGGUUUACAUAACCGUCGACUACCUGUACAAAAAACACGUCUUAACGAUGAAGCCGUCCCCAGACCUCCUCCUUUCUGCUCGUUCCUUGAAACCCAGUGUAAAUAUGAUCCGUCUGAGCAUCUACACCGUGUUUAAGCUGAGUCAAUAUGCUGCUGUGCAUGAUUAAAUAAUGACAUUUUCUCUCUCUCUCUCUCUCAUUUCCUCUGAAGAAGAUUAAAGCCUGUACUCUGAGUGCUAAUACUAAAAAAAAAAAAAAAAAA